CAAUAAACCUGAGAACUAGGACUUACUUGCAGCUGGGGAAGGUGGCGGAGGAGAAUAACACUGUAUAACAACGCUAGUCGUAAGUAAGAAACCAAAAGUACACAUUCGAAAAGAUUUAGUACAUCCUUUAAAGCAGAAUGUCUACCACAACUCUCCCUUCUCUUGAAGCUCUUCUGGGAAGAGAAAAGAAAAGUGAUGUAUCAUUUGGAACUGCACAAGAAAGACCACUUUUUCCAGGAAAAUUGCCUCCAAAUCGUAUGGGAGUUGGGUUAGGAUUGGAAGGAGCACCUCACAGGGCUCCAGGCAGCUAUGACAAUGCAGAGAAAACUACUUUUCUUUAUGAAAUUGAUAAGCAAGUAACCAGUAAACAGGGGUACUCGAUGGGGGCAAGGACUGGGCAAAGAUUUAGAAAGGAAUUCCAGACUGUUACACCCUGCCCCACAACUUAUCAGACGUCAACAACAUUGCCAAGGACAUUUAAGCCAGCAUUCAAGUCUUUCCACGUAGGAGCUGAUAGAUUUUAUCGACGACAAAUAGAUCCAGAAUUAACUCCUGGAGCUGGAACAUAUGAACAUGAUGUUUCAAGAAAUAGGAAAGUAGCUUAUCAUGGAACAUUUGGAGGACCUCAGCACCUCAAAAUUCAGCCCGAUGACUCAAUCUUAUUACCAGAAGACUGUAAAGGAACAACAACAAAAAGUCGCCUCAUGUCCUAUAAAGAUAAAAGAAAGUUUGCAAUACGAGAAGCAUAUUUAAGCUUGUAUUACUAGUUAUUUUUUUGUAAAUGUAAAUUAUUUUGUGUACAUUAUAUUCUUUAACAAUAAGAAGAAAUCAAUACUUUGGUUAAUUGAUAUGAUAAAUCUUUGGCUAUAACAUAUGUUACCAUAAUGAUGAAUAUGCCAAACUGGUUUAUUACCUCUAUGAAUAAUAAAGUAUCAAUUACCAUGGAUUUA